AUUGGGGCAAGGGCACACAUGAGGGCCAUUGGAUUCAAGGCAGGUUGAAGUUUUUUUAAGGUUUUAGUCAUUAACUAGUGCACAACUAGUUUUUUCCUGGUUCAAGACCCAAAUAAUAUGAUAAUUAAUUAAAUCAGAAGUUUAUAGUUCAAGUGUGUUUGCCCUCAAUCAUGAAUUUACACAAAUUUUAAACAAAUUUUGUGAGAUGAUCAAUUUCAUCAACACAGGUAAACUUCCUGGACUUAAUUUUUUUCCAGAUGUUACACUUUUAUAUAUUUUAAUAUUCAGUUAACCUCAAUUCUUAUUAAUUUGUCACUCAUACUCCCAAGCUCAAAAAUUUUAUGAUAAAUCUCUUAAUAUAUUCAUGCACAAUUGUUUGGUCAGAAAUGUCGUCCAAAAUGUUUUUAAAAGUGAGACAAGAAAAAAUAAUUAUUCUUACAUGUACUGGCAUAAGACUAGAUUAAUUCAGGGUAACAGAAUGUACCUAGAUGAUAAUAAAAAUUUUGAUGUCUUAAUAUUUGUGGAAAUGCAGUAGUUGUGUUUGCAUUAUAUUGGAAGAGUAUCAUACAUCUAUUUAUUGUUUGAAUUGAUCAUAACCUUUGCAUGACUGCUUAAUCACUUAGGAUGAAGAUUUUGUGAAACCCUUGAUAACUGUGGCUUGCCCCUAUAUCAAUGUAAUACCGUGCAACUUUCACUUCAGGUUGGUGAACUAUUCACUAGCUAUCCUGAGUUAUAAUUGAAAUAACUAUUUUAUAACUCAGACUUACCAUAACUAAAGGGUGGAAAAUAACAUACUUUAUAAUAUAGCAAGGUACGUGGUCUUUAUUGAGGUAAAUGCAAACAUUCUGAUUGGUUCUUACUGUGUCAGGAUUUUUUUAUAGGAACUGUUUCCAUGUAUUUUUGUUCUUGAAAGCCAGAAAAUUUGAAUAAAAAAGUUUAAAUGAAGAACUCAAAUAGAAAGUUUAGAUGAAGUUUAUUCCAUACUGCCAUGACGUCAGGUCAAUAUUCCCCAGAAUGGCCCUCAUGCUUGGUUAAUAAGGAGUUAUCAUGUGUAACCCAAUAGGCAUAUGUUACAGACAGUAAAUAUAUUCUAAUAUAAUUGUCAUUGUGAUCUUCAAAGGGAGCUUGCGGAUCUUGUGAUAGAGGCUGUCGAAGAAGAAGGAGGUAUUUGUCUCACAAAUGUGUCCUUUAGAAAAUUAUGUAGUGUUAAUAGGAUAUAAGCUAAGGCAGGCAAGUGAUGAGAAUAAAGGAAAAUAUUAUCUAGGGGAUUAUUUAUUGAUCCUAUACUACGUUUUCUCGCUAACAUUCUAUGGCAGACAGUGAGGAAAAUUACCAAUGAGAUCUUGGGAAUGAAUGGGUUAAUUUGUAACCGUUUGGAAAAGGAGACAGAGAUGAAACUCUAAUUACUAAACAGAGCAAACAGUGGAUUUGGGUCUGAGCAGGUUAUUAAAGGGUGAAAUGACAAUAUUUAUACCUCAAGUUAUCAAGCAGGUCAAUUGGUGUUGCAUACCUAGAAAUAAAAAAAGAUGCUGCCUGCAUGCAUACUGAGUUAUCAGCUGUACUCAACAGUUGCUUUGUUAAUUGGUAUCACUAUUGAGACAGAAGACAUGUUCAGAUUUUUCCCCUGAAAUUCAAAUCUCUCAUCGUUAGUAUUCCUAUCUCUUGUAAUAGAGGGUACCCCCUCUGGGAAAAUUCUAUUGACUUGUCAUGACCUAUUACCUCAGUCCAAAAUGCAUACCUGAAAAACAUUUUUUUUUUACAUUAUCUAUGAUUAUUACCAUUAUGAUAUCAUUAUUUCAGACUCAAGUUCCUACAAAUCAGUUGGUAUCCAUCGGACUAUAGUCUUUAAUAUUAGUAUAUAAGGGGAACUAAAUGAAAAUCUGUUAAAUACUCAUUCUCUCCAUUGUACCUAAGUUGCCUUUGUUUUUGUAAUUCUGACCAGGAAAAGCUGUCUUAUGCUGCACACCUGUCAUAAGUGAUGCUAUGACCAUGGUAAAAGAUCUGUUGUUAGUGGCUAAUUAUAGAUAAUAAAAUGUGUUAUUGUAAUAAGCUUUUCAAAUAGUUCAAAUGUUUGGCCUUGAUUAAUCUUCAAAAAUAAGUUGUUCAAGGUGUUCAUAUGAGAAUUAAUCAGGAAAGUUCAGUAUAAGAUAGGGCAGUCAUGUGGAGACAAGAUCUGUUGGUGCCAGAGCUGUCUUAACAAAUUUCAAAAUUGAAGCUUGAUGUCCUAAAGUUUCAGAAAUUAGGCUUGAUAAUCUGUGGGUUGAGAGAUCUACUGGAUUUGAGCCCUAGCAUGGUUUUUUGUGUUCUUGGGAAAAAAAAACCAGCUAGGAAUAUCAAUGGAUGCCAACAAACUGAUGGGCAAAUAUGAAAAAAUCUGGGAUGGUAAUACUCCCAAUAACAUCAUGCUUCAAAAACAAAGUAAAAGUAAAGUGAGGUGGGGUGGGAAAGGGUGGAAGAUAGUCCACAUAAAGUGCAUAUAAAACAGUGUGUAUGCAAGGAUCUUAUAUCAAUAAAAAUGGUAUCAAUACUAGAUAGCUGACUGUUAGUCAACUGAAUUCAUUUUCUUAGGGAACAAGUGGUAUGAAGUAUUCCCUAAUAUCAAGGGACUGGAUUACUGAUUGUAUUGAAAUCACCCAUGCUGGAUACACUGGGGUAAGAAUUAGAUGAAGUUGUAAAUGUGUGGAUGAAAUAUUGACGAACACACUUGUAAGUUUCACAGUGCACUUGUUGUCUGGGGGUUUUCAGAUGUGAAUAUAUGUCACAUUCUUAUCAGUAACUGCCUUUCUUGAGAUUAUUAUCGUACCAUCUUUCAUGGCAUGCUGAGGACCAAACUUGAUCUUGUGUUCCUCUCAGUGUGAGUUGCAAUCUUGUCAUAGUCAUGACAACUUAUAGGAAGGUGAGAAUUUCAUCUGAAAAUCUGUAUGAUUUAAAUGGUUGCUGCACCAUUUAAAUUCAGUGUCACCUUCUUUAUACCCUUUCCAGGAUGGCAUGAUCUGCCUUGCUGGCUGUGACAAGACAAUUCCUGGUGUCACCAUGGCCUUACCCAGGCUUGAUGCAGUAAGUAGGAAUUUUUAUAACCCAAUAUUAACUUAGUGUGUGGGUGAAAAGCCUAUUUGAAUAGACAAUGCAAAAACAAAAAAGGAAAAAAGAAAAUUAUUUUAAAAACAUGCUUAAUUAUAAACCUGUAAGUAUAACCAGUUUUGACUUAAACUUGUUGCUUUAUCAAAAUAUCUCUGAUAUUUACAGGUUAAGACUAAGUCACUGAAAGAUUUUAAGGUUUGAAAGUGGCAUACAUUAUUUUCAACCAACAGUGUGGUGUUGUUAUUUAUGGAGGAACAAUGCUUCCUGGAUGUGGAAAGAAACAUACAAAUCUGAGUGCUGGGAGUCCUUUUGAGGUAAGAUGCCUGUGGCAGACCAUGUCAAAAAUUUAUAUGACUGCCGUUGUGGUCAGAUAUGGAAAUUAGCCACAUGUUUGUGCUUCUCACUGAAGUUAGGCCCUGUUGGCUGGGGUUGCUAUUUGGACAAUGACUGCACAUAAAAUCCCUUGUUGUAGACUUUAUUUUCUCUUGUCUUUAUUUUUACGAUUUAAUUCCGGUACUUUGAAGAGUCAGCACUAAAUUUAACAUAUUCCACAUGAAACCAGAGUGACUGUAGAUGGCAACCAACACAUGCUUCCUUGAGGCUCCAGCAGUCUUUUUUAUGUUUUUACCGUUGAUCUGUUCGCAGUCUUUCAUGGUAGCCCUUUCAACUGUAGUUUCCUGUUCCUUUAUUCCAGUGCUCCAUUAGGACUAACAUUUCAUCUUGCAUUUUGAUUAUCAUUGUCCAAUCGACCUUCUAUAAGUGUAUAAUGGAUGAAACAAAAUUUAUUGAAAAUAUGCUGUGGAACAGAAUGCUAAUAAUUACUUUGAAUACUUUGACUUUGGCUCACUAAGGUAUUACUCUACAAAUAUUGCAUUUCUAUUGUUCUGAUUGGUUCACUUUGGUUAUCAGCUUAUAUUCAGAGUCACCUUAUAUGGAAAUACAUUGUGCCAACUAGUGCAGAGCUGAAAAAGGCUCCAAAUAUCCAAAAGUUCAGGAUUUAAUAAAAUUUGAUAAAACAAUAAUUCCACUCAUGCUUGUUGGAUAAGAGAUUGGUUGUAGCCAAUUCUGAUAUCCAACAUAAAAUGCAUGGAAUAGUUGUUGGAUAUUCAGUGAUGUAGUGAGUGAAAUUAAUUUUGUUUUUUGAUUGAUGAUCAGUCUAUCAAUCUAAAUCUGUGCUUUUUUUUUUCCUUUUAGGCACUUGGCUCAUAUAGUGCAGGCUCAAUGGACAUUGAAGAUUUGAAGGAUAUUGAGUGUCAUGCAAUACCUGGUGCUGGAGCCUGUGGUACAUAUACAGCUGCCUUAUAUUUAUGACAGCAAAUUUAACAAUAUUUUCAUUGACUCCUUUUUGUUCUCGAUAACAGGCAAGUCUUGGAGACUACUUACCCUGAAAGGCUCCAAUUGUCAGAGCUUUUUAUUCCUGUUCUAUCAAAAAGCAAAAUUUUUGUUUUUUAGGCCAUCUAUUCUUUUUCAGCGCACUACACUUUCAAGAGUAACUGUAAAAUUUUUGCAACUAAUGUCUACAUCAACCUUUUUCUGGCAUCAUUUUUUUAAGUUUCUUUUUUUGUUCAAUUUUUUUACUACCUCUUCAGUGCUUGUGAGCUCCAGAAAUUUUCAAUUUUUUUCCAGUUUUUUACAUUCUUCAUCAGCUUCCGUGUUUUCUAAUUUUAUUUUUAGGUGGUAUGUUCACUGCCAACACCAUGUCAUCUGUUGUAGAAACUCUUGGCUUGUCAUUACCAGGUUUGUGAUGAUUCAGUUAUCAAUUGAUUUCCUCACCAAGGAAAAUGACGUUCCUUGGCAAAUUCCUUUGAUCUCAGAAAUUCUCAUCCAAUGCAGGAGCCCUCCCCCUGAACAAUGUUGGACUUCAGCUGUGAUGUUAGACCGAGAAGCUUAACUUUGUGUUUAAUUGGGAAAGGAUCAGAGAACAUCAAUAAAACAGGAUAGAAGAAAAAUCAUUCCUCCAAGAUCUAGAGUUUUACCACUGAUUGUAGACUUAUCUUAAGAAGAGUAAUUUUACUCCAUGCAUAUUCCAGUUUGUAAUUCAAAUAAUGUUAUUAAUAACGUACAAAUUUAAUUCGUUUGGUUUUUUUUUUCGUCAAUUUGAUAGGUAGUGCUUCCGGUGUUGCUGUAGAUGGGGAAAACAAGGUUAGUUUCUCAAACUUAAUGUGAAAAUGAAAAUGUGCGUGGCUUCAGUUUUAAAUGUGGAUAUUAAAAUGAAUAAGUCUUUUUGUCCUUAUUUACUAAACUAGAUGCAUCACUUCUUUUGAUCGUGUUCUUCUCCGCCGUUUAGAGCAGCUCUACGUCUUUUGACCGUUCAUUCCCAAUAAACAGAUAGACAGACAGGCACACUGGCACACAGAGCUGACUCUCUCACCGUCUUCUGUUUCCUCAGGUGAUAUCAGCUAAGAAGAGGGAAGUCAAAGAGGCUGUGAGGGCGUUGUUUUCUUUGAUGAAAUCAGGAAAAACUGCGAAAAAUAUUUUGAGUAGGAAGGUGAUAUUUGUCAUUGCGCCGCUUUCUUUAUGUUGCCCAUUGAUAACGAAGUAGUGUAUUGUUUCCUAGUGAUCACUUAUUUCCCAUGUGAUUUUGAGCACGGCUAAAUCAGGAAAUGGCACUUGGAUCCAUUCUGGCAUGAAACUGUGUUUGGUCUUACAAAUACUGAGUAGUAUUUCUACUUCACUUUGAGGAGUUUUAAAUCCUUCGUUUGUCUUGGGUGACCAGAAGGGAAAUUCUCCAUACAACGGCUUCUUGAGAUAAAUAAAGAUAAGCUAAGGCACUAUCAAAAAACAAAUGCCUGUUACCUAAGGCGAUAAUUAUUUUGAUUCUCCUUUGGAUUUUGUACUUUAAAUGUAAGUUAAAGGAAAACAUCACCAAUUCAUAAGUAGGUUUCAGGGUGAGACUGGUGUAUAAUCGUGACCAUGCACUUAUUUAACGUCGCCAUGAAAUCGCUGACAGUUCGGCCAAUGUUCUUGCGCCUUAAUCGAUGAUUAAACCACAGCAAAAGUUUUUUAAAAAAUCAAUUUAUUGUUGAACAGGCCGUAACGUUUUGCCAAUACUUAUGGUCCAGUUUACUCUGUUUUGUUUUGAUUCUCAUUUUUGUCAGGCUUUCGAAAAUGCUGUAACAGUUAUGUACGCUUUAGGAGGAUCAACUAAUGGAGUUCUUCAUUUACUAGCUCUCGCCCAUGAGUAAGUUGUCUUUCCUUUAUUGCAAAAGUGUUAUGAUCGCUUUGAGGAGUGGAACCCAUCAUUCGUUACAUCUUUAUGCUACUGUCACUUAAUAGACAAUCCUAAUGCCGUGUCCACAGAAGAUGCCUUAAAUUUUCUUUUGAGCUCAAUUGGCUCUAUUUGAAUUACUUUUUGCGUGGAAAAUUCGGCUUGCAUCUCCCUAAUAUAGCAACAAAUAAAGUUUUUCUUGUAUCGCAAAACUUGCUUGUUGAGUGGGACUGCGUGUAAACGACUGAUACGUUAAGUGGGCCCAAAAAAUGAUACGUCACAAGGGCGUAGCUGUCGGGUAUGGGGGUGCAGCUUCUAAAUCUUUCAAAGAGGGAUUUAAUGAAAACUUCCAUGAUCGGGGACAAGUGGUAUAAGGGGUGUUUGUCACUCAUUUUGUAUUAAAAAUGAAAUGGUAAGGUUAAAAGUGGUGACGGUGGUGUCACGAGUUGAAAAACUAAUUUUAAAAUUUAUUCGCUAUUUAAACGUGUUUAAGAAUGUACUCAAAGAAACGCAUUGCUUUUCGUGCUAAGGUUUUCUGACAAGGCUAACCUAGAGAUGUACCGUUAAGUGAAUUAAAACACUCCAACCAGCAUGUCGUAAAAAUUUGCAGAAGACUGUUUUAUCUUGUUUUUCUCUUUAACAUUCAGAUCUGAAGUAGAAUUUUGCAUUGAAGAUUUUAAUAAGGUUGGAGGAAAGGUUCCACUGAUAGCAAAUGUUAAACCACAUGGCAAGGUAGGUAUAGUCCACUCUCCUCGUCCUUUCGGCUAAAAUCGAUGAAUUGUCGGCCGAAAAACCUAAAAGUACACAUCAGCCCAAAAACGAUUCAUUUUCUUUAAGAAUUAAUCGGUUUGGAUUUUUUGUCGUUAUUUUUUAGUAUCAAAUGGCUGAUUUGGACAAGAUUGGAGGUCUUCCGGUAAGUAAAGAUUCUGAACUUUGUUUAGCAGUAAGUUACUGUGUUUCGUGAAGAAAUUCAAUUGAUUGAGCUACAGAAUACCGAAUCAAGUUUCGUGCCCUUACUAUCCUUUUUACGGAAAAGAGAACGAAGCCUAUAUUUAGUUAUCUUGACCAAACAAGCUCGGUCAAUAAAGGAUAUAUCAGAUGGCCAUCGGUAGAACACAGCCUACACACGAAGUGUGUGACAACUCGGCUUGCGUCAAUUGCUUGACCUGUGUGCCAUCGCUCACGGUACAUUAGUCAAUUAAAGCACGUAGAAAAACCUUGCACAGAGAUAUUCCUUGCGUUGUUGGGAUGAAGACAACGUUUUCGAUUAAACAGCUCAGCUCUGCCUAUAGCUUUGUAUCUUUAUAUGCCUACCUGUGGUAUAAACGAAGUCUUACUGAAAAAUUAAACUAGAAAGAGAAGAUUGGAGAGAGAAGACACUACUUUCCCAGCAGACAUAGCACUACGCUUAGUCUUCGAUAAGAUACUAACCAUUUCUUUAUGAUCUAUGAAUAAUGUUCAUCAUCAUCAUCAUCAUCAUCAUCAUCAUCACCAUCAUAAUAACAAUGAUAUCGAUGAUAUGAUAUUCUUCCUUCCAUCGUCCUUUUGCCAUUUAGUAUUGUGUGUGUAUGUGUACCAACAUUAUAAUAAUGAAAGGGGAAAGAAAACUAGGAAACUUAGUGCGCUAGUUUGUUAAAAGUAGAAUUAAUUUAACGAGUGCUACAAGAAUUGUUGCCGAAGGUUGACCCUAAUAUUGCUAGUUUACCUUUCUGUCCUUUAGUCCAGUGUUUAAAAAACAUUGAAACGUAUUUAUCAUGACAGACUUGUCACUAAGGGGAAAAAUCCCGCGAUCAAAGUAAGGGAUAAUCAAAAACAUCUUUGUUGCAGUUAGUGUUGAAAGAACUACUGGAUAAUGGUUUUCUAAAUGGAGAUCAGAUCACAGUUAGUGGGAAAACAAUGGCUGAAAAUCUUGCUGAUGUACAACGUCUUUCUGAAAUAGGACAACAGGUACAUGGAGCCAGUAUGUUUAUGUCAAAAAUAGAAGAUUCAGCUCCUACAUGCGGACCAUAUAUCAAUAACUGAAAAAGUUCUAUAUUUUUUAUAGUACAUUUUUCGCUUCGUACAGCAUAUCCACUAUUACUUUCUACCAAGUACAUACCCUGCUAGAACUCUUUAUUGAAAUACGAUUCAAAUGCCAACUACAAUGAUAUCCGUUGCAUUUGUAUAACCUUCCACGCCUGUAAAGGCUAUCUUAAAUAGUGGAUCAGCGUUAUACUGAAAAAUCACGGUAUGUUGCAAUAUCCUGGUUUGAUAAUUAUUAGUCACUCAGCAGCUGAGUUGUUCUUUGUGUUGUUAAUGAUGAUUUUAUUUUCUCUGUUUUUUUUUUUUUGGUUAUUUUUUUAAACCUAUAUCUUCUUAUUCGUUCAUAUGUCGUAGGACGUAGUGUUUCCAAUUUCAUCUCCAGUGGCGCCAGCUGGCAGACACAUCUUGAUUUUAAAGGUGACGUAACCAAUGUUGAUGUUGGUUUCUCCUCACAUUAUUUUAUUCAGGAGCACAACUAAUUUACUACAAGCUCGCUAGCUGACCGAGCUGCGUACAGGCGCCUGGACAAAAUGCUGAACCUCGUCCCUCAGACGCUUCCUCGGUCAGCGGCCUGUCUCAAAAGUCCUGCCAACGCUUCCGAAGCAAUAUUAAUAAAUCGAUAGUUUUAAAAUCUGCAAUCGUGCAGGUCUGAGCUUCAAAACCAGCCUUUUCGUUUGUCCCUUUCGGGGCUUCCGAUGGUCCGUUUUAAAAGGCUCAAUAAAGCUAUCUACAGUUUAUACAAUGUGUUCAUUUCUACAGUCCAAGAUACGUUUCUGAAAGACACACGUCGGUGAUAAUGUUGCUCCUUUGUUACCACUGUAUCUUUAAGAAUUUAUCAAUUUGAAAUAUAAAUUUAAGUAAAACGGGUAUAAGGAUCUUCUGGAAUCUUCUCGUAUCAGUUUCGUUCUAAAUAAAAUACAAGUAGCUACAAAAUUUUUCCAGAAAAGUUAUCGGGAUUGUGAUUUCUUUUGCAGGGGAAUCUUGCUCCUGAGAGCGCUGUACUCAAAUUAAGUGGAAAGGAUAUAGCUGGAGUGUUUCGAGGUCCGGUGAGUAAUACAGAGAUUAAAUACGUAUGUGCUGUAACUAGACAUAUUCCUGUUUUGUCAGACAGUUGGUGAAAGUAGCCCGAUAUGUAGAAAUGGGAUCCAACCCUGACGCAAGUAUGAAUUUUGAGUGGCCAUUGUGGUUACGACUAUAGUACUCUGAGUGUGGAGACAUUAUUCCUUUCGCUCUCUUUCUCGAUCACUCUCACCUUCAUCCGGCUGACGAACAGUAAAUGCUUCCUGACUUUUAAAGCUUGCGCGCCUAGAUAUUGCUCUAAAAGUCGGGGAUAAUCCUGACAGUAAUCUGGUAAGACCAUAGUUAUGGACUAGUUUUCUAAGCCGUCGCUUGCAUCAUUUGUCCGAGGGAAAUCCGGGAAGAAGUGUCUUUGUAACUUUAUGGCUUUGUUUUGGUUGACCGGCGAAAAAUUACACGGUACUACUCUGCUGCAAAUUUUUAUUUUUGACCUGUGCACGAUGAUCAAGUAACAACGAGAUCCUCGCAAGUGAGCUGGAAGAAAAAGAGCCUAAAGAAUUCAGAUUUCUACGGCAUUCAACACCACUGUUGAAUUGUGAUCAGGUUCCUUGACGGGAACGAAUAAUCCAUGAAAAUUUGCCUCGCUCCCAGCAUGUGGCCUCGUAACUUAGUUGGCAGCAGCAUCCAACUAUUUGAGAGACAUGAGUUCGAAUCUGUAAUUUCUGUAAAUUUGGCUCACCUGCGAAGAUCUUUUGUUCCCUUGUAGACAACACGUAAUCGCCUCAUUUUGAUUCAUGGAUAGCAAAUAGCAAUGUAACAUUCGAGUAUUAGAAUAACGUACAAAGUUCCUGCAAGUAUUUACAUGAAUGAAAGCAGAAUAACUUCUCUUUCCACAUCCUUUCAGCUAAAUCAGUUACUUUUUAUAGUGUUUCCUCGACUGACUGUCACCAUUCUUUGGGCGCACAUUCGCGCUCUGCAAUGUUUUGUCUGUGUAAGAGCGUAAGCAUGGAUAAGAUUUCUUUCUUUUUAUGCAGGCAGUGGUAUUUGAUGGAGAGGAGCAAGCAUUUCAAAGUGUCAUGAAGGGAAAAGUAAGUCCAAUGUCCGUGACUGCAUCUGACACAUCUGUAAAGGAGCUCUUUUGUAUUGAGUAUCGUAAAACCAGAACCAAACUAAUCGCAAAGGCCAACCAGAUUAAAUGUUAGCAUCGCAGUUAAUUAAGGUUUUGCUAUAAUAAGUUGAGAGAGUGGCGCAAUCUCGUAUUACUUUCGAAAUUCACUAUCCUGGCUCGUUAGUCAGGCAAGCGAUAAAAGUUCCAUCUGGGCUCGCUUACAGAUCUGGUAAUCUUGUCCGCCCAUUAUUAUCGUUAUUGUUGCUGUUAUUGUUCUCUGCGUCAACUCGCGAUGAUUGCUAGCAGUCGAGAAGAAGCCACGACGGUGUGACGAAGUUAGUUUAUGGAAAUCAUCUUACAAAUCAAUAAAAAGAUUCAUGAAGUUCUCGAUUUCUCUGAUAGAUCAAAGCCGGCGAUGUACUGGUCAUUCGAUAUGAAGGUCCACGAGGCAGGUGAGUGGUCUGCACGUGAUAUACUAUUACCAGUCCUUAGUCCCAGUGCUUCAAUGUUCAAUGAACAUUUCAGUCUUAGUAUAUGUUGCUUCCAAAAUAGAUAAAACGACUUUUUAGUUCGUAAAAUUCACGAAAGACUAGUUUAAAUUACAAUCUGUCGACACUGGUUGAACUCUCUUGUCACGUGUUCCUCUUUCCCUUUUUUGGCGUGAACUCAUGCAUUACUUAAAAACAAAAACGUGCUAAAAGGGUAACUUUUAUUUGUUUAUUUAUUUAUUUGUGUAUUCAUCUAUGUUGUUGUUAUCACUCCUUUGAAUCUUUACCUCCUUAGCGUUUACUCGUUAAUUUCAGAUUAAUUUAUAGAAGUAGCAAUUCUAUCUGAUGACUGAUUUUUUUAAAACCGACAACUAUCAGGAGAAAAUCCUCGGACACAAACGCCAAUAUACUGCAAAAACGUUGACCCUAAUAGGGUAAGCAAUCAGUGAUGAGACCCAACGGCUUUAUGGGUACAGUUAUACAUGAUAACCACAAUUAGGUGCACGUGGUAAAUGACAGAAGUUAUCCACACUUUUCUGAAAGAAAAGAAUUGUCGUAAACAAAGAUUUUCAUGAAUAAUGAAAAAGUCAAGCAUUAUGUAACUGUAAGAAGAUUUCCAGUAGCUCUACCAAAUUUUGAAACACCAGAAGUUUGCAUAAACUUUUUACCUUUAAGCCUAUGUGAACUAAUGGCGCUCAGGCGAAUUUGCCCUUUUUAUAGAUGGAAUGAUGAAUGUCCAUUCUGCUGAAAUGUUUAAUGCUUCUUAAGAGAAAGUUUUCAAAAUAUUUUUUUCAUGUUUAGUCCAGGGAUGCCAGAAAUGUUGGUCCCCAGCGGUGCCCUGGUUGGCGCAGGACUGGGAAAGAAAGUAGCAUUGGUAACAGACGGACGAUUCAGCGGUGCUUCCCAUGGCAUCAUGAUCGGUCACGUGUCACCUGAAGCUCAGGUCGGAGGUCCAAUAGGGUUGAUACAGGAUGGUGAUAUCAUAGUAAUAGACCAGGAAAAUGCAACUUUGCAUGUGGUAAGUUUAGUUUAAUCUAGGUCUGCUUCUGUUUAGCUUUUUUCAGCUCUGUGAUUGGUCCAGAAUACUUUCGCCACUUUCUCAACCAAUCAGAUCCAAAACGUAAACCAAUCGCGACUUGUUCACUUGAUUUCCAGUGCUUCAGACUGUUUGCCUGUUUUAAUUUGAUUUUUCAUUGGCUCCUUGAAAUAUUUUCCUUUGUUCCGAUUGGUUGGUGUGAUUUCCUUGGUUUUGGUUUCAGGACACUCAGUCCACUUUAUGUUUUUUGCGAUCUUUUCUUGGUAACAAUGAUAUUAGCACCACAAACUAAAAAUGCACGUUAUUUUCUCCUGGCCUUGUGAUUCCGGAAAAAUUAGAAAGAGUAACCAUCAUUUAGAGUACCUUUCAAUAACAAAAGGAUGGAGAUGACUUUUUUUUUUAACCAGCCUAUGCAGCGCUGAUUUAUAAUGAUAACUGAACUGAGUGUAGUGCAAUUUGGUCUUCAUUCAUACUCGUGGUUUCAAAAUCGAACGAGCGCGCAUAAAGCCAAUCAGAUUGCAAGCAUUUCAUCAGUGUUUUUAAAAUGGAUCUAAAAUAGAAUGAAAACAGACGGUUAUAGAUGUAAGUCACAGACUGAAUUCUCCCCUGGGACUCAGAGUUAUUCUCUGUCAGAAGCUCGAUACAAACAUGCAUUGUAUGGUUAUUUGACCAAUGAGCUUAAUGUUGUCGUCGUUUUCUUUCUUUUCCUAAACAAGGAAAGCGCUUUUGCGCAAGAGCACACUUUUCUCAAAAAUGUUACAAAUUUCUUUCUCAGGAACUCACAGAUGACGUGCUGCGCGAGCGAAAGUUAAGAUGGCAACCACCGCCCAGAAGGCUCACGGGACUACUUCAGAAGUACUCCAGAGUAGUUUCCAGUGCUCAUGCGGGAGCCGUUACUCACUAAUCAACAAAAUAUAGGGAUCUAAUUAAAAUUGUUAGAAAAAUUAUGGCUAAUCUUGAUGUAAUGAAAAAUGAUUAUGAUGGUGGUAAAAACCUGUCAAGAAUUAAGAAAACAAUAAAUGAACAAACAAAUGCAGGAGCCCAUUAGGAUUGGAAUGCAAUUAGAUUGCAAAGUUCUCGUGAAUAUCUAUCAGACAAGACUCUUUGUAGGAACACAUUUUCCGUUUGCAGUUUGUCUAGAAACGAUUCUUACGCAUAAAAUAGGACCGUAUUUGUACAUCCGUUUUAAAGCUAUUAUUUUACGUAGGGAAUGUACUUAUGUUACUUAAAUAGUUAUUAAAUUCAAUUACUUUGGAG